UGAAGCCUCGACGGAAGUUUGCGAUGGUACACGUAACGGUAGAGUGAGUACCAAGUAGAGUUAGUAUGUCCUAAUAGCAGGGUGAGUUCUUCUUGCUUGUGGAGUCGAGUUCAUAAUGUUAGGAUCAGUACUUCUUGAUUGUGGAGCCGAUUUCAUAAUGUUAGGAUCAGUACUUCUUGAUUGUGGAGCCGAUUUCAUAAUGUUAGGAUCAGUACUUCUUGAUGGAAGAGUGAACGCAUCGCAAUCAUCUUUUCUGUCGUGUGCUUCUGUCGGAUAUCUCAGCUGUGGAUACUUUGUCUUGGCGAUCUCUGGUGUGUGGACAAUUUACUAAUUCACAGAUACUCAUAACAUAGUAAUGAUUAUAGCUGAAGCAAUUAGCACAAAUAAGAAAAAUUUCAAGGACAUGUGUGGAUAUAAAGCACAACUAGGAAACAUUCUGAUUGGAUAAUGUCCGAACAUAGCCAAGAUUUAUUGAAGUUUCAAUAGAAAGUUUUCCUCAGCGAAAUAACAAAAACGUGUGAUAUCCUAAGAAGGUAUUCCAGUUAAUUGCUGGGACUUUCAUUAAACAGAGUUCAGUGUGUGUGUGUGCGAGUUAGUGGUGAAUAAUUCGGUCACCCAGGGCCAGAGAAACAAAUCUAGUGGUCAUGUGACCACCAAGACGCCCUGCUCACGAGAUCUAGCCAGUGAGAUGAGCCCACCCGUGAUGGCACGUGUUGAGGAGGUCGGAUGACACCCCAGAGAUGAACCUCAGAUCACGACACCUAGACGUCUGGCUCACCUUCUUCCUAGUCACCAUCACCUUCAGGUUCGAGUCUCAUUCUGCGGUUGCUCAGUUGGGCUACUUUGAGCUCAGGUUGCUGUCUUUAAAUCUACCGCUCGUCACACUCUACCAUCAUAUGAUUCCGCCUGAAACAAAGAAGGGCGCUCUGUCUCCUUGCGCCGAGGACUUAGGCCUGGCGGUCACCGCGUGUCUGUCACACCACCAGCUCCCCCUGCCCAGGAAGGUGGAGUGUACGCUCGGGCAUAACCGGACAACGCUCAGGGUACCGCUGGAGGAGGACCUUUUGGUGCUGCCCUUCUCAUUCUCUUGGCCAGGAGCAUACACUUUGUCACUGACCGCUGUCCGGACUUGCCCAUCAUUACCAGGAAAAGAGUUGUUUGUCUCAGAACUCAUGGUAGCAGACUUCAUCGCUCCGUCUCCACAGUGGGCUUUGAUAGUUCAACACCGGAGACCUCACCCUGAAGACCAGCAAGGUGAUCAUCUAGAAGAACGACGAAUUGGUGCCGCCUUUUCAAGCAGAAGUUUCUCUAAGCGCCAAGCUGAGAAGCUCGGACCUAAUCGACAAGAUCUGAAGACGUUUAGUCGCCCAAAGCGAGCUAUGGCACAUGGUGGUAGCACAGUGACGUCUAUAGACAAUAUCGUUAGACGAAAAUUGACGUCUGGAACGCGAAGAAAGUCUUCGCAUUUACAGAACCUUGCUGUGGGAUCGUCAGAUCAAGCCUACCUACGUGGAGGCCAUAUUCCUCCAAGCAAACUUUUCACCGGCAUAAAUCAUUCCUCAAUGAUUCAUACUGAAUCAACCAUGUCAAGUGACGUUAUUAACUCUUCAACGAGGAGAGUUUUGUCACAGUCUAAAGAUUACAACCACAAAGAACGACUUAAAAUAAACAGGCCAGAGAUUCUUUAUCCCAGUUCCAAAGACCUCCAUCGUAACAACAGAGCUACACUCGGAGAACAGAGUGUGGAUACUGAAACUUCACUAAGAAUCAAAAGGUCUACUAACGUGGAUAGCUUCGAGGCAUCGGUUCAUCUUCCGGAUAGUACAACGGACAUUGCUGAAGAGACCGCCGAAGGCUUUGAAGAUGAGAGUGUAGAAGACGACGAUGAAGAGAUGGCGCUGUCCACCGAGGCAGUGGUCAGGGUUGUUGGAGCUGAUGUGGUCGUAGCUGUUAGAGUUGUGUGUUCAAAAAAUUACUUUGGCCCAAAUUGUUCUGAGCUUUGUCGACCUAGAGAUGAUCUCCGCGGACACUGGUCUUGCAAUGAACAAGGCCGUCGGGUGUGUUUACCUGGUUGGUCGGGUCAAGACUGUGCUCAGGCGCUUUGUUCGGAGCUGUGCCGAUCUAAUCGGGGUAUCUGCUCCCGCCCUGGUCUGUGCACGUGCAGGCACGGCUGGUACGGUGAGCACUGUGAUAAGUGCAGGACGACUCCCGGAUGUGUGCAUGGCACGUGCCACCUACCCGGGCAGUGCAUCUGCCACAAGGGCUGGGCGGGGCCCCUGUGCGACGUGGAGAGUCGCUACUGCCUGGAGCACAGCCCGUGUCUGAACGGGGGCACGUGCCACCACGACAGCUCGCACAACUACACCUGCUCCUGCCCGAGGGGUUACGUGGGGGCCCACUGCGAGGUCAGCGAAUGUCACAGCAACUUUUGUUUGCAUUCUGGGACUUGCUUGAUCGCUGAAGGAACCCGUUAUUGUCUGUGUUCAUCACAUUACACUGGACCAAGGUGUCAACACAAGAUGGAUAACAUUCUGUCAUCCCAUGUCGCCUGCGAUACGCCCCCGUGCAGCUCUACCCAGAGGGCGCCACCUUGCUCAGGAGAAAACUGCCGCAUCGAAGUUUCCGCUGAACUUGUGGACAUGGCUUUGACACAGCACGAGAACCCUUGCCUUAGACACAUUUGCUACAACGGCGGCAGGUGUUCUAUGGGUAAAAACAUCAGCGCCCCGACGUGCAGGUGCCCAGCGCCAUUUGGAGGCCCGCACUGUCUUCAGGUGACGAAGUCAUCGUGUAGGAAUAACCCGUGCAUGAACGGAGGUGAGUGUAGGGCGACCAAAAACAUGGGGGCGUUUCAGUGCAUCUGCACUCCCGGGUUCACGGGAAAAUUGUGCCAAAAGGUGAUCCAGGCCGGAACUACAUUAUGUGGCGGAGGAGACAUGAAUAGCGGUACUAAGCCAAGCGGAGUUAUUUCGUGCCAUAACGGAGGUCAGUGCGAGAAAUCCCCACGGGGUCGGAACUACUACUGCAAAUGUCCCGCCAACUUCACGGGUGAAUUCUGUGAGCUGGAGAAAAAGGACCCAUGUUCUCGCCAUCAGUGUCUCUCUGGUGGGAUCUGCUCAGUUCACGCAAGCAAUGGCACCGCAGCCUGCAUUUGCCCAACAGGGUACUCUGGUGCCGUAUGCGAGAACCGUCAACUCUUCAGCGCUUGCAACCGGAUCCAGUGCCAUCACGGCGGCGCAUGCGUGGACCUCCCGCACAACAAUUUCCAAUGCGUCUGCCGAGGCAGGUAUGAGGGCAAAUACUGUGAACGAGAGACAAGACAUGGUGGAAUGGUGAUAGAAAUACGAUCAGACUGCUGCAACUCACGAGGCGAAUCGAGGUGCCAUUCACAGUCACUCUUGAUGCUUUAUUUAUUAACAUUAUCUUUGUUACGCUUAUUUAUAUCAUGAUAAAUAUUUAUUUAUUUUUAUACAUAGACUGAUAUAAUUUAUUGAUCCAUGUCUCUAUGUUGAUUGGAAGACGUAAUAUUCCAAAUAUAGGCCCAACUGGAUGACUGGAUAGUCGUUUUUGUAAUGCUGGAGUUUGAAUCCGUCCGCUGAAUCAAUCCCAUGUCCUGCAGGCUGUUUGGGCUCUAUAAUGUAAAGAUGGGCCACUUCACUUCUUGGUUUACCAUUUCUUCAAGAAAAUACUCUUUCGGUGGCGUGCAGUCCGAGUUGCCUCGGGACCAGGCCAGUCUUUAAGAGUCUCAGGUUAUCAUAGUUUACUUUACUUUGAAAUAUAAAGUGUUUAGAAUAAUCGAAAAGCGCAGUGCUGUCCCAGACCACUAAGCUGGUCCCCCAAGGUCAAUCCCACCGCAUGCCACUGCUAGUUAUUGAUUUGUUUGUUUUGUUGUUUUCGACUUUUGUUGAGUAGAGCAUUGUGGGAUAACGAAAUCAAUAUCUGACCAAAAAGCAACGAAAAUCUUUUGAUCAGUUUGGAUACGAAAUGAAGUAAAAAGAAAUUCAAAAUAUGCUAAUUUUAUCGAACCCUUUUUAAAGAUUACAUUUUAUUAUUAAGAUAUUGAUAUUGAUAUUGUCUGUGCCCAUCACAUUUAUGCAAUUACAAAAUGAAACAAUUAUAUUUUACUACAAAAGUUAUUAAAAACAUUACAUUAGAUGUGAUGUAAACUGCUGCUAUUGAUACAUUUUUAGAAUACAUCUAUUCAAGUCAUAACUUAAUGGAGGCAGGAGUACACUACCUGGACAGCGAUCUCCAAAACGGCCUUAACGAUUUUCCCAGAAAUUUAACAGUCGAUGUAUAGUGCUGAGAAAAAAAUUAUUAGCUCGUUGGCCACACCGGCAUAUACUGAGUAAGAACGUUAUACUUUUCCAAAUUUAAAAGAAGAGAAAGUAAAAUUUCAAUUUGGCUAGAAAACUCAAUCUGGAUACAAAUCGGUUUUAAAAGGACUAUCGCGUUCGGGAAUUUCCGAAUGUAACACAUAUUUGAUUAAAGAGUUAAAUUAAUGAAUGUAUCAUCCAUGUUUUAAUUGCUUUUGUAUAGCGCGCGAUUUAUGUUAAGUGCAUUCUGGUCAAAUCAUUUAGUGGACAUAUGAUUGAAUGUGAUAUUUAGAAGGCUGUCAUGCUGACAUUUAGGCGUUUAUUUAACGCAACUCAGCUCGAGUCAGAUCUAAAUAAAACAUUCUGUUUCAGAUAGGGCAACACUUCACACAUUCUGAGUAUUUAGCGGAACACUUUGUUUAUUUUCUUAGAGAGGUCGAUUCACGUGGUGUCCUACUGGUUACUUAAUCCAGUAGUUUUUGGAAUACACCUAUUCAGGCCUUGUUGAAAAAUAGCGUUCCGCGGAACACAGUUUGUGUAACUCCGAGAUGGGAUUUUAUUUCGGGUUCUUCUCGUCAAAGAUCUAAGCGACUUACACCAUUUUGACAGUGGCGUAGCUAGAGUGGGGGAUGGGGGGGGGGCAAAAUGCGUAUUUCAUUUUUUUUUUUACAUUAAAAAUUUAAAAUACGCUAUUGUCUCAUGCCAUGAUGUCGAAUGUCAAAAAUGCAGGGGCCCCUAAAGAGGCCAAGCCAUCCGGGUCCCCAUAUGAUGGCGAAUCCCUAGCGACACCACUGGGUUUGGACCAUAAGCUCGUCGCCACUUCACAAGUCUGUACCACGUGGCUACGAGCGUUGGUCUAAACUGCCCACAUGUUGCGACGUUUUAUGUCAGGGUUGAGACUGUCUAUAACGACUAGUCUCGCUGACACCACUCAAGCUACUCAUCACAUUAGUGAUGAACAUGUGUGACUUUGCGUUUUGGCGUUUUGGGUUCAUUCUUAAAAAGUUAGCAGUGGCGUAGCCCUCUUGGCGCGAUGGGGUACAUUGCACUCCUGCCCACGACCAUCACUGGCCCAUUCGGGCUCUUGUAAAGGAAGAAAAAUGUGCAUGAAUGUAAAUGUUUCCAAUCCUUACUUUAGUUGACUUAAGCAUAACUAUUCAUUGUUCUGGAAUUAUGUUUCUGGUAUAUUUGUCAAAAUAGAAAAAAUCAAAUUAAUGUAAAUUUUUUGUAUGAAAUCCAUUAAAGGAAGGUAACUCUAAUAAUGUUAUCAGAACGUUUUGUCAAAUUUUGACGUAUUCGAUUUUUACCAAUAAUAAAUUGUAAACAAUGUGACAGUG